ACGCGGUCAAGCCCUUUAUCCCGGGGUAUCGCGGCGGCGGCGGCAGGCCAAAGCAGUCGAUGCAGACCGGCGGUGCCGUGGCCAGCCUCGAGCGCGCAGUCGGGAGCAAUCGAAGCCGGAGCGGCGGCAUGCAGCGGGCAUGGAGGCGGGCGGGCCGCGGCGGCGCCUCGUGCACCUGGACCUGAAGGGCGCCCCGCCCCGCGCCUCCUACCUGGCGGAGGUGCUGCCGCUGCUCCGCGCCCUGGGCGCCACCGGGCUGCUGCUGGAGUACGAGGACACCUUCCCCUACGCGGGGCCGCUGGAGCCGCUGCGGGCCCCGCACGCCUACAGCCCCGGGGAGGUGAGGGCGGUGCUGAGCCAGGCGAGGGCGCAGGGGCUGGAGGUGGUGCCGCUGGUGCAGACCUUCGGGCACAUGGAGUUUGUGCUGAAGCACAAAGAGUUUGCUCAUCUCCGGGAGGUGAAGAUGUUUCCCAACGCCCUCAACCCACACAAGGAGGAGUCGCGGGCACUUGUCAGAGCCAUGAUUGACCAGGUCAUGGCGCUGCACGAAGACUUAAAAUGGUUUCACAUCGGCUGCGAUGAGGUCUACUACCUCGGCGAAGGAGAGGAGUCAAAGCAGUGGCUGCAGCAACAAGACAACACUCCAGAGAAGCUGUGCUUAUCCCACAUAAAAGCAGUUGCAAGUUGUGUGGCCUCAUCUUACCCCACUGUGACGCCCGUCGUGUGGGAUGAUAUGCUCAGAGGGAUAAGUGAGGAAACAUUGGCAGGUUCUGGGGUCCCACAGCUUGUGCAGCCAAUGAUCUGGGACUAUGCAGCAGACCUCGAUGUGGAGGGCAAAGUGCAUCUCAUAGAGAAGUAUCGUAGAUGUGGCUUCUCCAAGGUGUGGUUUGCUAGUGCUUUUAAAGGGGCUACGGGAGUGAAUCAGUCUCUAACGCUUAUCGGACACCACUUAAAAAACCAUCUUCAAUGGCUGGAAGUGGCAAGCAGUAGCCCCGCUGAUGUCCUUGAAGGUAUCGCGCUGACUGGCUGGCAAAGGUAUGAUCACUUCUCUGUUUUGUGUGAGCUUCUCCCUGUGGCAAUUCCAUCGCUGGCUGUAUGCCUGCAGGCACUAAAGAAUGGUGGCUAUUCUGAAAAGAUUAAAGAAAAUGUGGAAAAGCUCCUGGGAAUGUCCAACCUGGAAACUGAUACUUUCAUGAGCACAAGUCUGGGGACCUUUCCUGGGAGCAAUAUCCUUACACUUGUGACGCAAGUUAGUUUCUACCUCAAGUCAUCAGUGGAUGAACUUCUUGAAAGGAACAGAUAUGUCACAGGCUGGUUCAGCCCCUACCACAGAAAAAGGAAGAUGAUUCAUCCUAUAAUAAUGCAUCACUUUCAGCCAGAUGCAGUAAGUCUUCUCUCCAAGUGGAAUGCUGUGGUGCAAGACCUCCAAACAGCCAUGGAGCAAGUUUUCCACAAGUGUACUGUAGAGGAGUGGAUGGAGGAGAACGUCCACCCCAGCCUACAGAAGCUGCAGCAAGUGGUGGAUGAUUUAGAUGAAGCAAUAAAAGCACAAAAUUAGGGGCAUUUCAAUUAGUCGGUCUUAUUCCGUGGGAAAACAUGGGUAGCAGAAAUCAGCAACUAGUCAUACAGCUAGAGAUUGUCAUCUUGAGAGUUGAAGCAAGAGUCUGUGAUUAAACAAAAGUGACCUGAAGGCAUAAAGGAAUUUAUUAGUGUAAUAGGCUUCAACUCUAUUUUAAUUUUCCUGUCUUAACACAUUGCUGAGCCUUAAAUCACCUGCCCUGUAAGUCAGAUUUGCUCCCCUUGCAUAACAGAAUGCAGAAGUGAGUCAGAACUCAGCUAUAUUACAAGGCAGGAAAAAACCCCAGUUUCUUCCAAAUUUAGUAUUUGUAGUAGUAGACUUUCUUACAUAACAAUGACCUGGAAAAGUUCUACAAGUUCUACUCUAGUCAGUAGCCUACAUGUCCUCCCUUUGCAAUUUCCAUAAAAAGAAAGAUUUAGGAUACUUUAAACAUGCUUUAGGUCCUUAUGUUCUGUACUGUGCCUCCUUCAUCUUUCAGCUAUGUUCAGAGACGUGUCCUACCGUUCCAUCACAAGUCCUUCCCACAGCAUAUAGCAGUUGAUUCGUUCCAGAUUUUGUUUUGGACUUCUUCAGUCUUUAAAAUACAUAAAACCAUCAGUCUUAAAUCCAGCUUUGAUUAGCUUGAGAUCAGGAAAUGAACAUCCAGCUUUUUUGCAGAAGUCUGAGCAAGGAACUGCUGUCUAGAUGCUCACAAGGUUACAGCAGACGCAUGAAAGAGGACAUGUACCAUCACAGUACAGAGCAAGAGGGAGCUCCAGAAAAGGCGCUUGUUUACCAAUAGUGAAGGUGACACUUAGGACUUUGAGGGAAAACUGCCUUAACACAUUGGGCUUCUUGACUUUUUACCAAAGCACCAUCUAAGCUAAGCGUAGCUUCGUCCCCGCAGGAAAGCACCAACCCAGUCACUUUAAGGCAUCUACUUCACUAUGUAACACCUGACUGAGACUGCAGGUUCAUCCAUGCUUGGAGCAUGACUCAAGUCUACUGAAUGUGAGGGAAAAAUGCUAAGUUUUAUUCUGCUCUAGUGUUGAACUUUUAAUAAUGUAUAGCAAUAUAUUUUGUGGACUUAACUGGAGCAUUAAUAUAAUCACCACAAGGGAAAAUAAUUCAGAAGUCUGGUAGUUAAGUAUACUACCAUGAAUAUUCAAAAUAUUCUUUACUUGUUUGCUUCAUCUAUUGCUUUCUUGAAAGUCUUACUUUGGAAGCACAGGUAUUGAAAUUUUCUUGGAACAAUCUAUAAUAAAGAGUAUAGCUCUAGAUACAGAAAGUACAAGAAGUACAGCAUGAGACAAAUCUUUAACUUAUUUAAUGAGCACUACAGGAGUUAGGUCCACAUGCAGAUUUUUAUCUAAAAAAGAAUCAAUUGCUAUGUAUACCUUAAUUACAGAAGUCACAUACCUUGAACUAAACAAGAUCUUAAUUUAUUUUACUUUAAUAAAUCCUUUGAUACUCAAAAUGUUUGUGGAAACUUGCCUUUGUUUUGCAUGCAGCAUGUUGGUUUGGUUUAAAGGGCAGAAAAUGCAAA